AGGGAGAUGUGGCUGGUUCUGGCAGCGUUGGUUGGGUCGGUUACUGCACAGUAUACUUCACAGACUUACCCUGACCCUCGGUUAGAUCCUAUCACAUGUCGGUUACCAUUUCCUGCUCAUGUUUGUGAUCCAUCUUCUAUUCUGAGCGACGAUGAACGAUUACGACUAAUGCAGAGAAUAAAUGAGUUUCGGCCGAUCACAGCGGGAAUCAAAAAUACUUCACCAGCAUGUCAUAAUCAACCAGAAAAGAGCCUAGAAAUAUUUGUCAUCGUUAUUGACAAAAUUGGCAGCAUACCCGGUGCUCCGGUUGACAUUGAGAAGUUUGCAAAUAAUCUGAAAAGGCGAUAUCAGAAUUAUCAGGAUGUUUCCAGCUGUGAUGCAACUGUGUUAAUCGUCAAUUCUAGGCAGGACAGGCAGAUAUUCACCGUCGCUGGGCGAGAUGCACGAAUAUCGAAAGACACCUUGAGGAAGGCCUUCGAAAGGAAUGUAGGUCAUUUCAAAGCUGGACAUUAUGCCAUGGGGUUGGAAGGGAUGAUCGAGAUCGUCGUUGCUACGUAUUCACAAUCACAUAUUGUGCAAGUGCCUACUCCAGAACUGUACUCCACAAAUUCUGCAUCAGCCACACACUCAGCAGAGCAGCUAAAGCCAAUCGCAGCGCCAGCUCCCGAGAAGAUUCUACCAGCUCCAGAAGCCGUAGUGCCAUUCAGAGCUGCUGGCCUUCCAAACAGUAUUCAACCCUCAGCAAAGUUGCCAAUUAGCCUUGACGAUGUUCCUGAAGACGAUAAGAUCUGGGUCAGUAUCAUGCAGCAAGCAGUGGCUCGUUGUGGCCAAGGGACGGAUACAUUAGCUGCGAAUGUUCGUGCUGUGGUAGAAGAAGCAAUGAGUAUCUCCUUGAAAUUGAUUUCUGACGCGCGAUACAACAGCAUAGAAGAAGAAGUUGAAACACACAAGGAUGUGAUUGGAACUCGAGAAAGGGCUUGGGAAAAUGCCAAAACGAAGUUCAUCCAACCACUGUUCCAACAGUAUCGCACCACCAUUCUCAACUCAGCACAGCAGACUUGUCCCUCGAUAACUCUGAAAAGCUUGAAGCGUCGAAGAGUUUAG